GGACGGCUUAGCUCAGUUUGGGUUCUCGCUUCGCGAUGACACCUUGGAAUAUUCUAAUACUCUUCUGUGCCAUUUCCGCAACAUACGGAUGGUACAGCCAUCCUAGGGCCCGAGAUGGAUACAGUUUGCCGGAUUUGAUCAGUACUGACGAAAAGUUUGAAGCAUACCAACGCCAGGAUGCCAACGUAAGAAAUCCGAUUGAAGCCCCUUUCAGGAUACCCAGGUAUAUCGUUCCAUUCCACUACGGAAUAUGGCUUCGUACCGGAAUUCACGAGGGCAAUUUGACGUUCGACGGCCAGACGGAUUUGUACUUCAAAGUGACAAAUCCGGUACGUACAGUUUACGUACAUAGUCGAGGGCUUGAUUUGAUUAACGCAGAACUUUACAUGUUAACUGGAGAUGGUCUCGAGGCUGAUCGUGUACUCCUUGAUAGGCCCAGAUAUACCAUUAAUCGAGACAGGGAGUUCAUAAUCUUCUCAUCACAACGAAUUCUAGUUCCCGAAGAGUCGUACGUGCUCUAUGUGGAGUAUUCCGCUGAGCUUAGGACUGACGACGAUGGUAUCUACGUUUCCACAUAUAUGAACGAGAAUAGAGUGCGAAGACAUCUUAUCGCAACUCAAUUUCAAGCUAUCAGUGCUCGAACGGCCUUCCCAUGUUUCGAUGAACCGGCGUUGAAGGCAACUUUCAAUUUGCAAAUCGUUCAUCAUGGAGAAUACAGUGCCGUUUCAAACACUCCCGUCCUGGAUAUCGAAGAAUACGAAGAAGAUGGUUAUCAAGGCUACGUCCUGACCAAAUUUGAGCAAACCCCUCGGAUGUCACCAUAUCUUCUCGCUUUCCUCGUGUCUGACUUCAAAUAUAUAUCACAGGGCAAUCAACGAGUAUUCGCCCGUCCAAACGCGAUCAAUCAAACAGAAUUCGCAUUGUCUUCAGGACUAAAAACUCUACAAGCCAUGGAUGAUUACCUAGGUGUCCCGUAUACUAGACAUAUGAGCAAGUUGGAUCAAGCAGCUAUCCCAGACUUUGACGCCGGAGCGAUGGAGAACUGGGGUCUCUGCAAGUAUAGAGAAUCACUGCUACUGUUCGAUCCUGCCGUAACCACUUAUCGCACCCGCACGUGGAUUGAUACCAUUAUCGCUCACGAAUACAUUCACCAGUGGUUCGGAAAUAUUAUUACCAACGAGUGGUGGAGCUACCUAUGGCUCAACGAGGGAUUCGCUACUCUUUACGAAUACUACGGCGCCCAUCUGGCUUCACCUGAAAUGGAGUACUUCGAGCUGUUCACCCUGGAUGUUACCCAGUGGGCACUAGAUGCUGAUUCUCGCGAGGGAACCCGACCCAUGAGUUUCAGUAAUGGUGCAACAUUUUAUGCCAUUUGGGAUCUGUUUGAUAGUAUAGCGUAUUCGAAAGCUGGUGCCGUUUUGAACAUGUUCCGUGGUGUACUUGGAGAUGAAGUAUGGCGUCUUAUGAGCAGCGUUUACUUGUCAGACAAUGAACUUGAAGCUGUUAAUCCAGAUGAUUUGAUCGCCGCAAUGGAAGAAGCCUCCAAGGACAUGGAUAUUUUGCCAGAUGGUAUUUCAAUGCGUGACUUCGUCGAAAGCUGGACCGAGCAGGCUGGGUACCCGGUGCUGGAAGUCCGAAGAAAUUAUCGCACAAAUGAAAUUAUCCUCUCUCAAGAUCGGUUUUUCAACAACAAAGUGGUGAACAAUGACCCUACUCAGUGGAUUGUUCCGUACAACGUUGUCAAUCAAUCAUUCGCUGAUUUUGAAUCCCUGAAUUGGGAUUGGUUAACUGAACGAGCUGUUCGCUUUUCAACUAACGUUCCCGACGAUAGUUGGAUUAUCGUAAACAAGCUGCAAACGGGAUUCUAUCGCGUAAACUACGACGUCCAAAACUGGUACCUAAUCAUCGACGCUUUGAUUGCCAACUGGGUCAGUGUCCAUCGGUACAACCGAGCCCAACUUCUAGAUGAUGCCUUCCACUUGGCCCGAGCUAACCGCCUUGAUAUGGAAGUCUUCCUGGAUUUGAUGGUCUAUUUGCAGAACGAAUUGGAAUAUCCGUCGUGGACCGCAGCAAGCCCCAUCAUUAGCUACUUCUACAACCGACUUCGCGGAACGGAGCACUACGAGCACUUCCAGCACUUCGUACACAGCUUGCUGGAACGAGUCUACGGAACACUCUCAAUCGACUCAGUCAGCGAUGAUGAAACCAAUCUUCACAAGUUCUUGAAGCAAACCGUGUCCACGUGGGCCUGCAGGUUGGAAUUCGAUGACUGCGUCAACCGUACCCAAACUCUGUUGAGCGAAACCGUGGACCAGAGCGGACUGGUUCACCCGGACAUCAGUGCUGUCACGUACUGCUUCGGGUUGCGUGGAUCAACGGAGCGCGAAUUCGUAUAUCUGUACGACGUAUUGAAAACAUCCGAUAAUCAAGCUCUGCGGACGUUGCUUAUCGAUUCUCUGGGCUGCUCGGACGAUCGGAUCGAACUGAGGGCAUACCUUUACACCGCAGUGGGAGGUGAAAUCCAAGUCAACUACACUCCAGCCGAACGUAGACGGGUCUUGAAUGCGGUUAUCGCAGGCAGUCGCGAAGGGGUGGACGUGAUGAUUGAUUUCCUUGUCGAUCUAUACGAUUACGUUUUGCUUCAUAUGGGUCAGGGUACGCUCAACAGCUUGGUAGCGAGCAUUGCUUCUAGAACCAACAACGAGGAAGAACUUGAAAGGUUGGAACAUCUACUGGAGUCGCUUGGCAGUAGUAUCCCACCAGCGGUGGCCAAUUCGGCUCGUGCGACCGUUGCCCGUAAUAUGGCUUGGCGUUCAUCCCGGGAAGGCUUGAUCGUGACCAGUUUCCUGGAAACUUUCGGCAGCAACUAGCAAAGCAAUAGAUGACGUUACGUAGCGUGAUGUUUUGUAGUUUUUUAGGAUUAUUAAAGUUUUCUUAAGGUUGA